AGUACGCUAAGCGGUUCAACCUCACCAUCAAAAUGGCAUUGUUUCGCCCUAUGUCAGUACUUCCCCUCGACCCCGAGGGGGCAAAGAGAGCGCAAUAAAAAUUAGUAGAAAUUAGGUAGUAAUUUAGUAAAAAUUGAGGCUGGACUGGAAAUGCAGCAUUUUUUAUAAGAUCGUGAUUCACGCAGCCGUUUAUCUGUCAACAAACCGGAAAUUUUGUGUGGAUAAGUAAAAUGGAGGCUAUCUUUCAAAUUCCCUUCAAAGUACUGGCAGUCCCCAAUGUCAAGAUCCGCAAACCGGGUUGGCUGGUCCAGCCAUCCGCCAUGGUAAUCUUCAGUAUGGCGCUGUUCUCAUAUUUUCUGGUCACGGCAGGCGUCAUUUACGACGUGAUUGUUGAGCCACCGGGUGUUGGAAGCACGGUAGACGAUAGAGGAAUUUCAAGACCGGUUGCCUUCAUGCCGUACAGAGUUAACGGCCAAUAUAUUUUGGAAGGGCUCGCUUCCAGUUUCCUGUUCACUGUUGGUGGGGUAGGCUUCAUCAUUCUGUACAACAAUCACGGAUAUAGUGGAACCUACAAGUCACACAGUCGACUUGGAUAUUAUCUUAUGACUGCCGUUGGAUUCAUCUGCGUCCUCGUUUCUGUACUGACCACUCAUAUAUUUAUGAAAAUCAAAUUACCGGGUUACUACUUGCAUCCGUAGAUGGUACUAGAUUAAUUGGACUUACGCCUCCAGCAGAAUUUCGUGUACUUCACUUGAUGGCUACUUUUGAAGCAAGAAUUGUUGCUACAUAACUUGUAAUACUAACUGUUCACAUUAUUACGUGGUUAAAUCAUUAAAUUUCUUAACGUUAAA